CUCUCUCUCUCUCUCUCUCUCUAUACCAACCACCUCCCUGCAAUUCAUUCAAAAUUGUCCAACUGAAAAUCCAGACUUUCUCAACAAUCAUACUCUUCCACAAUUCUGUGUGUGUGUGUGUAAUAUAGGAGGAUUAGAUUUAGAUUAGAUUAGAUUAUAGAAAAAUGAAUUCACAGAUCCUUCCUAUAUCUAACCCAUCUUCAUCCCUAGCGAUACCAACAGGUGCAGCAGCAACAAUGUUUCUGACAUCACAAGACGAUCUAUCAGCCACUCGUCUUCUCAUUUCUCCACAAUUUGACGAUGACAAGCCCCCUGAAGUCAAACCCUUUUUGCCUAGGUCUUCAAGUUUCACCACCACCACCACAACCGCCGUCGCCGGCAGCAGCCCCAAUUUUUACCAGAAACGACGUCGUCGGACGGCCAGCGACAACUCUUUCUCUUUUCUCUCCGGUAACGGCGGCGGCGGUACUGGCCGCGGCCAGGCGUUUCGUGAGGGAUUUCUGUGUGGUGAAUCGAUUACUCGCCCUUGCUCUGACCUCUUGCGAUAUCUUGGGGUAGGCUACAGAUGGAUGAAAAGGUUUCUUGGCCUCGGCUGUUAUGCUUUCCUACUUUUCCCUGGUUUUGUUCAAGUUGGGUUUCACUAUUUCUACUCAAGUCAGGUCCGUAGAGGUAUAGUUUAUGGUGAUCAACCAAGAAAUAGGCUUGAUCUGUACUUACCUAAAAAUAGUGAUGGCCCGAAGCCAGUUGUUGCAUUUGUAACUGGUGGAGCCUGGAUUAUUGGCUAUAAAGCAUGGGGUUCCCUUUUAGGGCAACAGUUAUCGGACAGAGACAUCAUAGUGGCCUGCAUAGAUUACAGAAACUUUCCUCAGGGGACUAUGAGUGAUAUGGUACAGGAUGCUUCUCAAGGUAUCUCAUUUGUGUGCAAUCAUAUUGCUGAAUAUGGAGGUGAUCCUAACAGGAUUUAUUUAAUGGGACAGUCAGCUGGUGCCCAUAUUGCUGCUUGUGCUCUCUUGGAGCAAGCAAUUAAAGAGUCUGGUGAAGGAGAGAGCACUUCUUGGAGUGUGUCACAAAUAAAUGCUUAUUUUGGUUUAUCUGGAGGGUACAAUCUGUUGAACCUAGUAGAUUACUUCCAUAGUCGAGGACUGUACCGUUCAAUCUUUUUGAGCAUAAUGGAGGGGGAACAAUCUUUGCCGCGAUUUUCUCCUGAAGUAAUGGUACAAGAUCCAAAUAUUAGAAAUGCAGUUUCUCUUCUACCUCCCAUUGUCCUUUUUCAUGGAACUGGAGAUUAUUCCAUUCCAUCAGAUGCCAGCAAGAAUUUCGCUGACACUCUGCAAAGACUUGGAGUGAAAGCUGAAUCAGUUUUGUAUGACGGACGGACUCACACAGAUUUAUUCCUCCAGGAUCCAAUGAGAGGUGGUAAAGAUCAAUUGUUUGAAGAUUUAGUUGGUUAUAUUCAUGCUGGAGAUGCAGAAGCACUCGCCAAAGAUGCAAGCGCACCUCCAAGAAAACGACUUGUACCUGAAUUCAUGUUGAAGUUGGCCCGUGCUGUCAGCCCCUUUUAGUUGUUUUCAGACCAGCUUACUUUACAGAAGCUCGAUUCCAUAAUUUUGUAUUUGUUCCAAUCGAUACAUCUUCGUAAAUAUCACCAAAAAGCGUAAUUUUUUAAUAGCAAACGAUAACCAUUCUAUUUUUGCCCCAUUUUGUCUUCAUUUUUAUUGUCCCUAAAAAAUGUAUAAACUGAAACGUUUUUUUCCCCAUUAUUAUAGGGCAGGUGAACAUGAAUAGGUACACGUUAUGAUCUUACUGUUGAAUUUGACUUACUAAUGUAUUGUGCCAA